CUCAGUUCGACGACUGCCACGCUGUUCGCGCCGUACACCUCGCACAAGCAGACAUUUGUCGCAAGCAUCAUGGUUCGCACGCUUAAAACAGCUCUCCUGCUCGGUGCCAGCAGCUCCGCGUUACUCGUGCCCGGCAAGCCGCGCACCAAGACGCUGCGCUUCGUGGAGGUCGCGGAGCGCAUCUCGACUUCGGAGGACAAAGCCGAGACGUUCGAGACUGCGGACUACUUGCAGGACAUGGACCGAUACGAAGGAAAAAACAACGUGAUACCCACGGGGUUCGACGUGAACGCCGCCAUCGACGCGGCGGCGACCGAGUCGACGACGUUCAUCGACGUGGUCGUUGAGGAGACCGUGGCGAAGGUCGCGGAGGAACGCAAGGACGAGGCCGCGGCCGACGCUGUCGCGAGUGUCGAGAAGAAACUCGAGGAGAAGCUCGAGACCACUAUGGACAAGAUCGAGGCCGCCGCGGUGCCGAUGGAAGAGAUCGAGGUCGGCCCGGUCGGCGAGUUCCUCAUUAAAUGGGGCUUCAAGGACGACCCAAGGAUCCCUGAGGACGAGCGCGUGCCUGCGAUGCAGAGAAUCAAGGAUAGCGGCAAGGCCGGUGUGAUCGCCUACGCUCUCACCGAAGGUGCGUUCUGGAUCGGCUCGGUGCCGUUCGCGAUCGCGGCGGUCACGCUCGCGACGGGAUCGUUCCCGGACAUCGCCUCGGACGAGGGCAAGGCCGCCAUCGGUGCCGACGCGUUCAUCUUCAUCAAUUUCGCACGCCUCAUUGUGCCGGCCCGCAUCGCGUUCGCGCUGGGCCUGGCACCGUGGGUCGACGAGAACAUCGUCAAGAAGUUCGGCGGCGACGAGAAGGAGGAGUAGGCGGCCGCGUCUGCCCAAGAAAGCCGAGCGAGGCGUGU